UUGUGUUUGUUCUUUAUGCAAAACUCACACUGUCACUCUGCAGCAGAGACCUCUGUUGGUGACAGAGACAAAGCACGGCUGCAGCCAUUAACUGACUUUGCCGUCUCCUUAGUAACGACUGGGUUCAAACAUUGCAGCUCAGAACAUCUGACACAUAAAAGGCACAGAGCAGAAUCUAAAGCUGAGUGUGAGUAGCUAAAAAUCAGAAGAGGAUCAUACCUACAAAAGUCCAUGUUGCUGACUUUGACUUCAGAGUUUAAGUCCUGGUGCAGGGGUGAAGGAACUGGAGAAAGACUGAAAGGUUUCCCCUUAUCCAGACCAGUAUUCCCAGAGCUGUAGCAGGACUCAAAUGUUAAAGGCAAAACCACGGUCGUGUAAUGUAGCGAAAAUAGGAAAUUACUGGGACUCCCAUUUCAACACUAUAUUACUGAUAUUACCGCCACCAGCGAUUUCCCACCCUCGCUCAGAGACCACUACAUGUCACUUGUGAUGGAGUCUGAAGACAAUUACAUUGCUGCAAUAAAGGAAAUAGCAUGCGCACUAGUGGAAACAACAAUAAGAAAUGUGGAGGAGUAUUUCCAAACUAAACACGGAGCCCCUCUUCAGGAAGCAGAGAAAUACAUUGCCCAGAACAUUACAUGGAUUCCUUGCCAGGACUUCACCAUAGAGCUGGGAAUGAAGCAAAUUGAAGAGUAUAUUUCAACAUGGGAAUUCCAUGAAAGCUGGUUACACUGUACAGACUUUCUAAAUGAAGAGGAGGUAGAAUUUAGCAAACUUUACCAUUACAGAACAAGGUGGAGCAUCCCAACCCGCAGAAAACCAAUUCCUAGAGCCACUGCAUGUGUCUAUUUUACUAUACAGAUCUCCAAAGUCAAACCAUUGUCUCUACCAGUGGAGGUAUUUUUCAUCUUUGAAUCAACCAGACUGGUACACAGACCUGGACAAUCCCGAUUUAGAGAAAAGUGGCUGAAGGACAUUAUUGAAAGCAAGCUAAUAAUGAUGGAAAAUAUUAUCUUUUAAAUGGAUUGAUCCACAGGUCUCUGCUUUAAAAGCAUGAAGAGCUAAAUCACACAACCACUUCACUUAUUUAUUGUGUAAUCUAUUAAUGUGUUUUUGUAUCAUACGGAUGGGCAGCCUUAUAUAUUUUGUGAAAAGGUGCCAUGCUAUAUACAAUGCAAUUAAAUCUCAUUGAAAGGCUACAAUCA